GUGAGAGGCAGUGAGAGCUGCGGUGCGGGGUCGUCCGUCCUCAGCUGGAAUUUCCUCCCCGACAGACUUCAGUGCGGGGCCGAGCCAAACCUUCACGUGUGCUCAUGUGUUUACCGGGCGAAUUCCACGUGUGAGAGCCCCAAGGCCCGCCUCUGCACGGGACGGGAGGCUCCCCACCCACCGGAGUUGAUAAAAGUUUAGCGCAUGUCGCUCUGUGAGAAGAAGACUUGGAGGAAUUAUCAAGAAGUGAACGCAGUAGCUACUGUCGGCGUGGCUGGUUUGUGAUUUAGAGGAGAGGGUCGGUUAAUAGAUCAGACCAGACACAUUACAGCUAUAGGGACGCAACCGCAGAAGAUAAACAGCAGCUUCAUUCAUCAAGUUUGAAUUAAGAAGAUUUUUUUCUUUUUAACUUGGACUGCAGAGGACUGAUAAUUGCAGAAUUAUGUCAACCCACGAGCAGAUCCUGAGCACCCUGGGGAAUGGCCCCACCCGACGAAACCUUUUCGGGCCAGUCGACCGAGAGCAGCUGCAGGAGGAGUACAAAGCCGCCCUGAGGAAAGACCUUGAGGAGGCGUCGAAACGCUGGGGCUUCGACUUCAUGUCGGACAAGCCUCUGGAGAGCAGCAACUUCCAGUGGGAGGGCAUCCCCGGAGCCAAGGUCCCGCUGCUUUACAGACCAUGUAAGCUUGGCCUGGGACAGGCCGAGGGUCAAAGGGUGGCCGAGGCAGCUGUUACACCCAAGAAAGGAAGGGUGCAGCCACAGAACGACAAGGAGAACAUCCCGUGUUCGCCAGAGAGAAUCGCACGCUGCAUUGAGAAGAUGGAGAAAACACCGGAGAAGCGGGAGAACCGAGGGCUGAAGAGGAAACAGACAAACAUUACAGAUUUCUAUCAGGCCAAAAGAAGAGUUGUCGGAAUGCCGCGCAAAUCCGGCGAGUGAUUUCCGGUGCAGUUUACUGCAAAGGUGCCAAAAUCCCAAAAGAGCCACACAAGCAGUACUACACUCAGGAAUACUACGCUCUGCACAGACUGUGCACAGUCACUCAUAAGGGGGCGAUUCAUCUGACAACAGAAGGGACCUCAACCACACAUCUCUCAUAUUGGGUUAAUUAGGGUACUGUAGUCACUCUGAGGGGGGUUUGGUGAUUUUCCCACUGGUAAGAAGGGGACAUUUGAGCGGUGGAGAUUAACGGUAAUCUCUUAAACCAGUGGAUUUAUACUCAUUUGGAUCAUGGGGAUGCCAAACUGUUGACUGACAUUUCCUACUGUACAUUCCACAGCGCUGAAAACGUAGAAACUCAGAGAUAGGGCGGAUAAAUGCAUUACUGUAUACACUUGAAACAGACGUCAUGUUGGUAAAAUGAUUCUGUCUCUGAAUGAAAUCAAGGAGUGGCUGUGACGACACUGCAGAAUGAAUGAGAGUGCUAUGGGAUGAAGCCGUUUGCCUUUGUUCAAACCCACUAUUGUUUUUCUACGAUGUUAUUUCUUUAUGUGUAUCAUGAGGGCUAGGAGGAUUUUUUACAGACAUUUAUCAUACUUUAUAUAUCCAGAUGUACGGUCGUAUUGUUUUUACCAUCAUGUACUCAGAGGAACAUACUUGAAGAGUUCUCGAUAUCCUGUACAUGCUGUUGCUUUGCUUAGCUAUUUAAUGACAGAAGUGCCAUCAUGUCCUCUUUUUCUUCUUUCCAUCUUCUGUGAGGCUAUCACUUUGCAAAGCAGAUCUCCUGAAGUGCCCCUGCCCAGACUCUGACAUGUGUACAGCACCAGAUACUGUAGGUUAAGAGUGGUGCACCAUGCCUUAAAAACACAUAUAGUUAGAUAUAUAUCAGAGGUUUAUCGACAGAGUUUAAUACAGCACUGCUAAGUAGCAUAAUCAUUAAAAGAUUGCAGUAUUGCACAUACAUCUGAUAGGUGGUGUUAUCAAAACACCAACAUUUAAGUGCCUUCAGGUCACUUAUUUCGGUAUUUGAAGCUCCGUUAAGGACCUUAAGAGGAAGAUUUUCUAAGAAACACAUGUAGUAUUGAGUAAGCUAAGCUUUUUUUCUUUUUAUAUUUGGACACAUGGUGCAAUUCUAACAAUGUGUUAUUAUCUGCCUCAAAAACAAACCGCAUGUUUGUAUCAUGACACUUAUUAGGCCACGUUGGCAAACCCUGCUGCUAUGGGUAAUCUGAGUGGGUGUCAAGACAAGGUCACCGUGAUGCUGAACUGACCGCUUAGAAAUGUGUUCUGUUUUAAACACAAAUCUAAGCAAAUAACAGCAUUAUCCCAAACAACGAAUGCACUUCUGUUGAUAGAUGCUUGAGCACAGGACCCACAUAUUGUUUUAUGUUAAAGCUAUAAAUGAGAAUAAUCUAUCCUUUAUUUAUUGUUUUACUUUUCCUUGUGUUAGUUUUUGUUUAAUUAUUAUGAGAAUUCCAAAUUCCAAUAAAAUGUUGAAAUUAA